UGCAGUAUUCGCUGAGGCUUAACUACCGUCCAGUCCCGCCGGUGAUAAGUUUCCGGGAGAAUGUCCCAUCGUGAAGCUGAAACACACUUCGAAUGGUCAUGACGUGGUUAAACAAGCGCCAACCCUAACCCCUCUACUGGAUCUGUCAUAGAAUAGAGUCGACACGCGCCCACCUGCCACCAAAGCUACAAAGCUACCAAGCUUCCACUCGUCCUUCCAGAAGGAACGAACCACACCAGCCCAGAAAUAAUGCCCAACCACAAGCGCCAACACUCCUCCCACUCCCGCUCGCACUCCCACACUCACACGCCACAAAACAGCACAACUCUAAACCUCCACAUCCCCUCCCUCCACGAUGCCAUCCCGAUCGAGACAAGCCUCACUGUCCCCACCGUCCUUCCCUCCUCCCGCCGCAUCGCGAUAAUCGCCCACCCCUACGGCCCCCUCGGCGGCACAUGUCACGAUCCCGUAGUCCAACACAUCUGUGCCGUCCUCGUAGCGCACGGGUUCAUCACCAGCAUCUUCAACUUCCGCGGCUGCGGCCACUCCAAAGGGCGGACCAGCUGGACGGGCAAAGCCGAGACGGGGGAUUACGCCGCCGUCGCUGCAUGGACGCUCGAUUUUGCGGCCGAGCUGCGGAAUGGCGCGCCCGACGGGGUGGAAUUGGUGUUAGCGGGCUACUCGUAUGGGGCGCUCGUCGCAGCGCAGUGCCCGGGUUGCGACGAGUUGGUGCAGGCGGCGACGAGUCCGCCGAACGAGGCGUUCCGUAAAGCGCUUACGGCGGGGAAAAGGAGCGCAAGGGGCUGGUAUCGGAGUCAUUCGGAGGUUGGCAGGACUUCGUAUUCUGGCGUGCGCUCGCCGCCGCUGCUGCCGCCCCAGCGCUCGUCGAUUUCGGAGUCGGAUCUGCGCCCACCGUUGUCGGCCCUCGUGGCUGCACCGCUGGAGCCUCAGGUGGACCUGGCUGCGCUGCAGAUCGUUACGAGAUACCUUCUGAUCUCCCCGCCGCUCCCGCCGAUAUCAUCCUGCCUCCUCCCGUCGUUCGGCUUUGCGCCGGCGGUGGAGAGUGUUGCCGACCCACCUACCGCAGCGAAGAGGAAGGGGAAGGGGACGAAGAUUCUGGUUGCUUGGGGCGAUGAUGAUGUUUUCACUGGAGUCAAGAAGUAUAGGCGGUGGGGUGAGAAGAUGCUGGUGGCAUUGGGGGAGGGAUUUGAGAGCGUAGAGGUAGAGGGUGCCGGUCACUUUUGGGGAGAGGGGCGGUUGGAGGUGGUAGAGAGAAAGAUGGAGGGGUGGCUGGCUGGAGGUAAUGGGAGAGCAUAGAUCAUAUCCGGAUGGUAGUACUUAAUGUAACUUAGAUAACGAUUACGAUAAUGACGGGGAAGAACAAACGUAUAG